UAAAGAAGACGUUUGUGACCAUGGAUCAGGAGCGCCCACGCUCUUAUUACAGCAUAAACAGCAGGAACGACCUUCGCAAGCUUUUGCAUCUCGAAUUUCUCUAUAAGGAGAACAAGACAAAGGAAAAGCCUCUGAGAACAAACCUUGAACUCAUUACCAGUUACUUUCUGGAUUACUUCAAAAAUACAGCUAAAUAUUUCCCUCAAGGAAUCGCAAUCCCUGCACUCUCAGUUACAAAGAGACGUGGCCUUUCAGAUGAAGAUGCAGAAUGGAGAGCAUCAUUGUCAGAAAAAAACAAUGCCAGACCUGGCAAUCUCGAUGGGGAUGUACUUGGCAAUUUCGUGUCAUCCAGAAGGCCCCCACACAAAAGUAUUCCCAAUCAAAUGGUCCCGGAUGAAGUCCCCAGCUUGGCCUCCUUGUGGGAGAUGAUGGAAGAACCCCACGCGUCAUCAUCCAAGCCAUCCAUGGAUGUGAAGAUAGGAGAGAAGACCAGGCAGCAGUCUGGCCUGAUCGCACAAGGCAUGAUGACUGGGCCCAUCGCCACUUCCCCGCAGGAUACUUUCCACAAACAUUUUCUGAGUCAAUCCCUGGCUUUGAGCAGCACCAUCCAAAUCCAAGAGGAGCAGAACCGGAAGGGUCCUGAUCCCUGCCUUUGCACCCUAGACCAUCCAAUGUCACAGGAGGUCCUGGCUUCAAGCAAUGGCUCCACCUCCAGAGGCCUCCUGGGUCAGUUUAGUGAACUGACCUUAGAAAAGCCGAAAACCACCUCCAGCAACCCCCCCUGCCUGCCCAGCAAAGGGCUACCCCAGCCGGAGAGGGCCAGGCCAAGAGAGCUUUCAGAGGACAGCCCAGCAGUGGACAGCAACCCAGAUGCAGACAGGACGUCCUUGAAGGUCUACCAAUUUGGUGCGAAUUCCAGGAUGACCCGGAAGAGACAGGAGAGAGCAUUCAAGCGGCAGUACAGGAAAAAUCAGUUGCUGGCGUCCAACAUGGUGGAUGACGACCUGGGUGCUAUGCGGCUUGAGGAUGUGGAGGAUGAACUGAGAGAGGAAGGGGCCCUCCUGUCCUCAGUCCAAUCAGUGCUCGAGCAGAUAUCGUUCAAACCCAUCAACCUCUCACUAGCAAAGGAAAUAAAGACCCUUCUGUUUGGUUCCACCUCUUGCUGUUUCAAUGAAGAAUGGAAACUUCAGAGUUUUUCCUUUAAUAACACAGCCCCAUUAAAGUAUGGCAUUGUACAGAACAAGGGUGGUCCCUGUGGGGUCCUGGCAGCUGUCCAAGGCUGUGUCCUGCAAAAACUCCUGUUUGAAGGAGAGCGCAGAGCCAACUGUGCUUGGAGGCUGGACCCUUCAGAUGCCCACAGGACCCACUGCCUGGUCCUGGCCAUCGCUGACAUUGUAUGGCGGGCGGGGGACCGAGAGAGAGCUGUGAUCACGCUGGCUUCGGAAACAGAGCAGUUCAGUCCAGCCGGGAAAUACAAAGCAGAUGGCGUCUUAGAAACAGUCAUACUGUACAAUUUGACCUGCUACGAGGAGCUGGUGACUUUUCUCCAACACAGCAUUCAUCAGUUUGAAGCAGGACCCUACGGAUGCAUCCUGCUCACCCUGUCUGCCAUCCUGUCCAGAUCUGUGGAACGCAUCCGCCAGGACUUUGAUGUCCCCACCAACUUCCUGAUUGGAAGACACGGCUACUGCACACAGGAACUCGUCAAUCUGCUCCUGACCGGGAGAGCCGUGUCCAACGUUUUCAAUGACGUACUGGAGCUGGAUUCUGGGAAUGGGAACAUCACAGUUCUCAAAGGCAUUUUUUCACGCAGUGACAUUGGCUUCUUAUCUCUCUUUGAGCACUACAAUGUGUGCCAGGUUGGCUGCUUCCUGAAGACCCCGAGGUUUCCCAUUUGGGUGGUGUGCAGCGAGAGCCACUUCAGCGUCCUCUUCAGCCUGAAGCUGGAACUCUUGCGUGACUUGAGGACCCAGAAGCUCUUUGACCUGUACUACUACGAUGGCCUGGCCAACCAGCAGGAGCAGAUCCGGCUGACCAUCGAUACCACCCGAACCAUCCUCGAUAACAGAGACAGCGACCUUAUCCCACCCCUUGAGCUGUGUAUCAGAACCAAGUGGAAGGGGGCGUUGGUGAACUGGAACAACUCAGACCCCAUCCUGUGACCCUGGCCAGGCCUCAGGGGGCCUCUCUGAGAAGAGCAUCACCCCCACUGAGCCAGCAUGGCUGCUGAAGCACCCAGAGCCUCCCAGCCCCUUCUGUGAGAGGCCCGCACAGGAUUGUGGUGGGGGCCCAGUGUGUUGCUGUAUCUCCUCCUGGCUGAACCGUGACUACCAAGGACCAGAGGGAGGCUACUGCCGCCUCUGCUGCCUCUGUCUGCACUCCUCCCUUGUUCCCCUUGGGUCAUCCCCUUGCCAAGGCUUCUGCCAUGGUUGUCCCUGGGACCGUGGGCAUGGUUAUUUCUGGUAGUUGGCUUCCCAUAAAAACAAGAGUUGAACCCAG